AUGUUUCAAAUGCUCCAAACAGUUGGGCAGUUUAGUGGGAUGCCCACGGAAGACCCUCAUCUCCAUCUUCGCUCAUUUUUGGAGGUGAGCGAUUCUUUCAUGUUACAAGGAGUAAGUGAAGAGGCGCUAAGACUGAAGUUAUUCCCGUUCUCUUUAAGGGACCGAGCUAGAUCAUGGCUCAACACCCUUCCUCCCGAUUCGGUGACAAAUUGGAAUGACUUGGCUGAAUUUUUUUUAAGAAAGUACUUCCCUCCCACGAGAAAUGCAAAGUUUAGAAGUGAGAUUAUGUCGUUUCAGCAGCUGGAAGAUGAGUCCACUAGUGACGCGUGGGAAAGAUUCAAAGAGCUUUUAAGAAAAUGUCCACACCAUGGUAUCCCACAUUGUAUACAAAUGGAGACAUUCUACAAUGGUCUCAAUGCAGUCUCUCGAAUGGUCUUGGACGCUUCAGCCAAUGGAGCCAUUCUUUCCAAGUCUUACAACGAAGCAUUUGAGAUUUUGGAAAGGAUUGCAAGUAAUAACUAUCAAUGGUCAAACACUAGAGCUCCUACAAGUAGAAAGGUGGCGGGAGUUCUUGAAGUAGAUGCAUUAACGGCUCUAACAGCUCAAAUGGCCUCAAUGACCAACAUCUUGAAGAAUAUGAGUUUGGGAGGAAAUAUUCAGCCAGCCGCUGCCAUUCAAAGUGCAGAAAUUUCAUGUGUUUAUUGUGGAGACGGGCAUACUUUUGAGAAUUGCCCUUCAAAUCCAGCCUCGGUUUGCUAUGUGGGUAAUCAGAACUUCAACUGCAACAACAACCCAUAUUCAAAUUCUUAUAAUCCAGCGUGGAGGCAACAUCCAAAUCUGUCAUGGGGGGGGGGGGGGGGGGAGGGUCAAGGAGCAAGUUCAAGUGGAGCGCCAGCACAAGGGAAACAGUCAUGUCCACCAGGUUUUUCUCAACAACCAAGGGCUCAACAACCUCACCAAUCUCAAGGCUCUCAAUCUAGUUCCUUGGAGAGUUUAAUGAGAGAUUAUAUGGCAAAGAAUGAUGCUGUGAUUCAAAGCCAAGCAGCUUCUCUUCGCAAUCUGGAAAUUCAGUUGGGGCAACUGGCCAAUGAUCUGAAAAAUAGGCCCCAAGGUUCUUUGCCUAGUGAUACCGAGAAUCCAAGGAGGGAUGGUAAAGAACACUGCAAAGCAAUUAAUCUACGGAGUGGGAAAAUUCUGGAAAUUAAUGAUGAGAAAACAAAGGGCAGCAAGGAGCCCACUUCAAUCCAAACCGAAGGGGAAACGAGUAAAAAACCAGCAAGUUCAGCUGCUGAAUUCAACCCAGUUGAUACAGCAUCGGGUCAACAUUCUGCUGCAGAAAAGACUUUACACAAGCCACCUCCACCAUUUCCUCAACGUUUUAAAAAACAGCAGCAAGAUGGGCAAUUCAGGAGGUUUCUGGAUGUUUUGAAGCAGCUCCAUAUCAAUAUUCCCUUAGUGGAAGCCUUGGAGCAAAUGCCCAACUACAUGAAGUUCUUGAAAGAUAUUUUGACAAAGAAAAGGAGGCUGGGUGAGUUCGAAACAGUUGCUCUAACAAAAGGUUGCAGUGCUAUGUUGAAAAGAAAAAUUCCUCCUAAAUUAAAAGAUCCAGGCAGUUUUACAAUUCCAUGUUCCAUUGGUGGGAGAGACGUGGGAAGAGCUUUAUGCGAUUUGGGUGCUAGUAUUAAUCUAAUGCCUAUGUCUAUUUUCAAGAAGUUGGGCAUUGGUGAAGCUCGGCCAACCACAGUUACAUUGCAGUUAGCAAACAGAUCAAUGGCUCAUCCGGAAGGGAAGAUUGAGGAUGUACUAGUGCAGGUUGACAAGUUCAUGUUCCCGGCCGAUUUCAUCAUUCUUGACUAUGAAGCGGAUCGAGAAGUACCCAUAAUAUUGGGGAGGCCAUUUCUUGCCACAGGGAGGACUUUGAUUAAUGUGCAAAAUGGAGAACUUAACAUGAGGGUGAACGAUCAACAAGUGACCUUUAGUGUUUUCCAAGCCAUGAAGUUUCCGGAUGACAUAGAAGAAUGUUCUAGUUUGAGUGUACUUGAGACACUUGUGGCUGAAACCUUUAAUAGAGAUAUUUGCAAGGCUGAUUUGGGGCUGAAUAUCUUUGAGGAUGAUGAAGAAUCUAGCAAUGAAGAGGAGUCCAAAGUCACUUGGGUAGAGUCCAGCAAACCAGCCUUGAAAUUCAGCAAGCAUUUUGAGUCUUUAAAUCCGUAUAUCUUCUAA